AUGAGUGCGGGCCGUGUCGGCCAGGCCAUGGACCACGGCUUCGGCUUCGCCAGAGACGCCCCUGAGGUCGUCCGGCCUGUCAACGCCCGGUUCUCCAGGCGGAGUGGAGCCUCUCUCUCCCUCCCCGCGACUGACUCCGCCGCCCCGGGCGAAGAUGAGAUAAUGGGGCCUGCGAUCUGGGGGAAGGACAAGAAACGAAGGAUAGCUAUCUGGGGCUAA